UGGCAGACCAGACCAAAGUGUCACUUUUUUGUCUGGAACUACUUUUAUGUACUUCCUUGGGGACUUGCAAGAAAUGAAUGACAUAGUGAGAAGAUGAAGGGAAAUGUCUUCAGUGAUUGAGUGUGGAAAACUUGUCCCAAACCUUGGAAGAAUAUAACGUUUAUUUCUUUUUUGCUUCCAAUUUCUACUUCCAUCUUCCUAUUUCUACUGUACUGUGCUUCUCUCUCUCUCUCUCUCUCUCUCUCUCUCUCUCUCUCUCUCUCUCCUUCUACCCUCAUCCUUCUCUACCACUUUCUUUGCUAGUAAUGGCUGCCUUUUAUUCAGAUCCUGUAGGGUUAGCCCUGUGUCACUGCUUCUUAUUUCUCACAGCACUGUAUAAGCUAAAUAAUCACAACUCUAUCCAGCUUUCAGAUGAGGCAAAUAAAAACACAGAUUGAACAAUUUAUACAAGCUCGGUAGACAGUAGCAGGGAUUUGAACUUGUUAUCUAACUCCGGUACCCAUCUUCUUUAAAUCACUGCAUGGUUUCUUUCGCCCCAUCUCAACUGCUUUGUGUUGUUCCCAUGUUCUGAUCCUCUUCUCUCCCUAUAUGGCCUAGGUUUCUUUUCUUUCUCUUAGACACUUAACAUAGUUGGUCACUAUAUGUCUGUGGCUCAAUCCGAAAGUGCUGAGCAAAGCAUAUAAUACCCAGAAGAGAUGACAGACCGUUCAAAUUCUUAUCAUUUUCCUUGAGAUCAAAUGAUCCACAAUUUUUCACAUUUGGAGGCUACAGGUGGGAAUUCUCAUCACUUUUAGUAAAGGAGAAGAAAUUUAAUAACAAACUAGAGAAAAGCCUCAAGUCUUGGAUGGGUCUUUGAUAUGAAAGAAGCAGAGACAAAACAUUUUCAGCUUCCUCAGAGAAUUCUUCAUUCCCAAGGACUCUGCAUGCUCUCAAAUACGGGGACCUGGAGACUGGAAAAGGUUAGGUGAGGAGGCUGUCCUCUGUCAAAUAGUUAAUUUAGGAGCCUAGCAAACUGGACUGUGAAAGGCAGCACCUCUAACCUUUCUUUCCCUAUUAGCAUAUGCAGAGUUCCAAUAAGAACAAGGGCAUGUUGGAGGCAUACAUAUGGAGGUCAAAGCCUGAACUGGACAAUUUUUAUGUCCCAUCCAAAUAUGAUGUUUUAUACUUAUGGUUGUCACUCUCCUUUCUGUCAUCCUUUUGAUUAGGAUUGGUUAGAGAUUUUAAACCAUAAAGAUCCAUAUUGCUCAUCAAGUAAGAAUUCUGGAGGUAGAAGUCUCAAGAGUUGAUUCAGAGGCCUCAGAGGAACUGGUCAGCAUUUCUGAGAUUUUCUGGGCAGCGUCAGACACCUUGCCUUCUUCCUUGCCUGUCCUCAGGCAGGAAGCCGUGGGAAAGGGAGGAGAACUAUGAGUGAGGCUCCCUGCUUACUGGGAGAUGGGAAAUCUUUUCUAGACCACUUCUUAAAAUUUAGAUUUUUUCCCAUACCUCACUGACCCAAACUAAGUGCAUUAGAGACUGGAGAAAGUGCUAUCUAACCUUUUCACUGUGCUAAAGGAAGACAGACAAGGAACAGGGAACUGGUUUGUCAUUGUGUGGGAAGUAUUAGCGCUUCUUACUCCUUCCUUGAUUCAACCAAGAUUUGUUACUCUGGGCUUCUGACGGCAAAGGAAAAGAUAGUCUCUUGUUUCAAAAAGUUCGUGCUGGAAGAACACAGGCAGAGGAUUGCAAAGCAUGGUAGAAGGCACUGGGAACAGUGAAUGAAUGCUCCCAGUGUCACUGCAGUAGCCGGAGAGAGAAUAUGGAGAGCUACAGAAAACAAUGAUUAAGUGUUGAAAGGUAAAUGGAAUUCAACUAGGACUGAGAGGGCAGGUAAGAAGUAGUUAGAGGGGCCUUUGAGAAUCUGCUAGGACUUAGCAUAUUGGACAAAUGGACUGUUGGAUACCUUCUACAGGCAGAAAAUUUAGAAAGCCAAGUUGCACCUCUGGAAUGCUCUGUUGCACUGAAGCGGGAAGAUCAACAUUCCUGUGGUUUAGCAGUUGCGGGAGUCAAACACUCAUCUGUGACACCUUUAGAGAGCUGAAGCACACUUUUAGCACCUUACAAAACAGCUGGUCCAGCCAGCUGGCACAUGCCUGUAAUCACAGCACUCGGGAGGCUGAGGCAGGAGAAUCAUUGUGAGUUCGAGACCAGCCUGAGCUACAAAGUGAGCCCAAGGCCACCCUGAACUGCAUAGUGAGAGUCUGUCUCGAAAAGAUAAAACAAUACAACAGCAAAAACAGCUGGUCUAUAUUGGAUAUUUCUGAUCAAGACACAGUGCUUCCUUAAAAGCCAAACUUGCCCGUCCCACCUGCACUCCUUUCCCUUCUACCUAGUUACAUACCAUGGAGGAAUUAAAUUUUUCACCCAGCAGUUCAAACAUAUGGAACACUUGUGAUACAAUUUUCAGCAUAUCACCUACCUCAUCUUUUUCAAGUCUCCAAAACCUCUGAUUGUUUCUUUAACUACAGCUCCCGGACUGUCUGCACCAGAAGCACCUGGACUGCCUGUUGCAAAACCGAUUCUUGGAGGCUGCUCCACCCUUCCUGAAGUGGAACCUCAAGAAAGCUUGGUGUUAGUUCCCUGGUUGUGCCAAGAUGAGUGACUGGAGCUUUCUGGGAGCGUUCCUGGAGGAAGUACACAAGCACUCCACCGUCAUUGGCAAGGUCUGGCUCACUAUACUGUUCAUAUUUCGCAUGCUAGUGUUGGGCACUGCCGCCGAGUCUUCCUGGGGUGAUGAGCAGGCUGAUUUUCAGUGCGAUACCAUGCAGCCCGGUUGCGAGAAUGUCUGCUACGAUCAAGCCUUCCCCAUUUCCCACAUUCGCUAUUGGGUGCUGCAGAUCAUAUUCGUUUCCACACCAUCUCUGGUGUACAUGGGCCACGCCAUGCACACUGUGCGCAUGCAGGAGAAGCGGAAACUACGGGAAGCUGAGAGAGCCAAAGAGAUCCACCGUCCUGGGUCUCCAUAUGAAUUCCAGGUGGCUGAGAAACCAGAGCUAUCCUGCUGGGAGGAAAUGAAUGGAAAGGUUGUCCUCCAGGGCAAUCUCCUGAAUACUUAUGUCUGCACCAUCUUGAUCCGCACUGCCAUGGAGGUGGCUUUCAUUGUGGGCCAGUACUUCCUCUAUGGAAUCUUCCUGAACACCUUGCACGUCUGCCGCAGAAGUCCUUGCCCCCACCCCGUCAACUGUUAUGUAUCCCGGCCUACAGAGAAGAAUGUCUUCAUUGUCUUUAUGCUAGCUGUGGCCGGACUGUCCCUCUUUCUCAGCCUGGCUGAACUCUUUCACCUGGGUUGGAGGAUCAGACAGCGAUUUGUCAAGUCGAGGCAAGGCACAGCUGAACGACAACUUCUUGGACCAUCUACAGGUAUAGUCCAGAACUGCACACCUCCCCCAGACUUCACUCAGUGCCUAGGGACUGGCCCUGGGGGAAAGUUUUUUAGUCCCUUCAGUAACAAUACAGUCUCCCAGCAGAACACAGACAACCUGGCCACUGAGCAAGUGCGAGGCCAAGAGCGCAUUCCUGGGGAGGAUUUCAUCCAUAUCCAUUAUGGUGAGAAGCCUGAUGUGCCCAGUGGGGUCUCAUCAGGUCACCGCCUUCCCCAUGGCUACUAUAGUGAAAAGCGCCGUCUUAGCAAGACCAGCAGCAGGGCCAGGUCAGAUGACCUAUCAGUAUGAACCUCCAAAGUGGGAGAACCAGGGCCAAGUGGGAAGAAAGGAGGCUCAGAGAGAGAAGAUAAUUCCUUCUGACUCUGUGCUCCCAUUCUCAUCACUGCUUUUCUCCUUUUGGGCUGUGAGUCUCAUUUGCAUUGCUCAUUAAUUAUAGAAAGUAUAACCAGGAUGCUUGAGAGUUUAGCCAUAAUGGCUACCCAGCAGGCUGUUGUCCACUCCUCAUCUCAGUAUACUUAGUGUAGUCUUUCAGAUCAUGCAUUGAACACAGUAGGGGAAGGGAAGGGAACUGUGGCAAAAUCAGGCUGGAAAAGGGUAGCCAUAAGCAUAGAAUACCAGCAGCAUAUCUGAUAAUUUCUCAAGUACCUGUGGUUUUCUUGACCUCAUCACACCCCCACCUCAAGGAAGAACUCAAAAUUCUCAGCAGUAGAGAGCACCAAUCAAAUAAUUUAAUUAUUUGUGCUCUUGAAUCUAUUGUUUUCUCCGUUGGGAUAUAUCUUGGAGUGGUGGUGAGGUGGCCUAUGGCUGCCAUUGGCUACCCUUCCCUCUACCCAGUCUUGAAAGGGGAUCCUUGGAACUUGACCAGCCUCAAUUUUACAAGUGCUUUGGCAUGUGUCUCAGGCAAAGGCUCCACCUUGGUGAUGCUGCAGUCUUUUCUUCUGCCAGAAUAUAUAUCCUCUCUGUGAGGGUACCGGCUCCUUCAAAGAGUCACUGUUUACACAAACUGCAUUGGAAUUCAUUGCCACCACCUCUCAUGCUGUGCCUCCUGAACUGUGUCUUACAGUUCAGCCCAAUGAUAGAAGCCAUCCUUAUACUUCUUCUCUUGACUGUUCAUCCUCUGUUCAUCUGAAGACCACUUUAUUAACGGGAAUAUCCAGGAAGUCCCUAUCCCCUUGCAGAUCCUGAAUAGAUAGAUCACUAACCACUGAGAGCAGUAGAAUUUUCUUGGGACUUACUAUGAAAAGAACAUUGCCAGAUUCCCCUUUGAGGAAAAAGACACUGGAAAAAUAUUUUCUCCUAUUUCUCUUAUUGAUUGCCAACUUUUAGAAUAUCAAGAGGAGGCAUGAUGACAGCUAUGGAGGUCCCCAGAUCUCAGCAAGAACAUGGAAGCAGUAGGGGACUCUUAUCAAGAUCCUACAUAGAGUGCACAGAAACUGCUAUAUCUCCCUGAUCCCCUUAAUGAGACUGCCAAGUAGAGGAUGCAGAAAAGCUCUUCCUUCCCCAUGGACUGGCUAAGGUGUCUCUACUGAGGUGAUUGAUCUAUAAUGGGAUGGAAGGCUGCCAUUGUGAAUGCAGGCUAAGGAUGCUAAGAAUUGGAUAUUGAGAAUAUCAGGACAUUACAUUUAAAAGAUGUGUGUGUGUGUGUGUGUGUUUCCAUGAGGGGAAGAGGAGUCCCUAAAGAAGAAAAAGAAGCUUUAGAGAAUCUAUGUCUUCUGGUUGCCUGGAAGAAGACCCAAGCCUCAUUGUCUUAGCAUUAUUAGCCUGAACAAACAGGCAUGAGAAGUUGGGACUGAGGAAGGUAAGGGUUCAGAAGACUCAGAUCCUCUCUGACCUGCCCCUUUCUGGACCACUCUGCAGCUAUUUGGAUGGUACUGGUGGAUCGAAAGAAGGACUUGAGAGAAGAGAUGGGGAAAAAGAACUGGGUGAGAUACCAUUUAGAAAAGAAUGAUCAUUCCAGUUCCCUGGAGACAUUUGCUAUCUGGAACUGGCAUAUGAUUCUCUCCUCUUUCAUCUCUAAAAUGUAUUUUUGAAAUAAUUGUUUUUGAAUUCAGAUUUCUAUGAGUCUUUGAUGGUAAGGUUUUCAGGAAGGAAAAAAUGAAAUGAUAUGUGUAGUCUGUCUUAAUAAAAUCUGUCUCAUUUA